UAUAUGAUCUGGAAGGAAUACGAUGCAGUCACAAAGGAAGUUGAUAUUAUGGUUAAUCCCAAAGAAAUCUCCAAUUUUGAGGAUCUCUUGAAGGUCUAUGGCUUCCAAGCCGAAAUCUUUAUCGAUAAUGUACAAGAAUUAAUCGAUGAAGAGGAUAAGGCUGCCGAAUUAUCGCCCGAUAAUGGAGAACUAACAUGGACUCGUUAUUACGAAUUGGAAGACAUUGAAAAAUGGUUGGAUGGCAUUUUGGACAAAUACCCACAAGUCACCGAAGGUUUCGCCAUUGGCAAAUCAUAUGAAGGUCGUACCAUUCGUGGUAUUAAGAUCUCAUAUAAGACUGGCAAUCCUGGUAUCUUCAUUGAGUCAAAUAUUCAUGCUCGUGAAUGGAUAACAUCAGCCACCGCCACAUGGUUCAUCGAUCAAUUGUUGACCUCUACCGAUCCUGAAGUGAGAAAUUUGGCUGAAAACUAUGAUUGGUAUAUUAUUCCUGUGUUCAAUGUUGAUGGUUUCGAAUAUACUCACAGAACUGAUCGUAUGUGGCGCAAGACUCGUCAACCUGUCUCAACCUCCAACUGUAUUGGUACCGAUCCCAAUCGUAAUUUUGCCUUCCAAUGGAUGGUAAACGGUGGUGCUUCCUCCAAUCCCUGUUCCGAAACUUAUGGUGGUCCAGAACCAUGGUCUGAACCUGAAGUUAAAGCCCUGGCUGAUUAUGUUACCUCUAUUAAGGAUAAGAUUAACAUUUAUUUGGCCUUCCAUUCGUAUGGCCAGUGGUUGCUGUCUCCCUAUGGUCACACCACAACUGAAUUCCCAGAAAACUAUGAUGACAUUUUGGAUAUUGGUGAAGCUUUUAAAAAUGCAAUUUUGGAGUUGCCAUAUAAGACUGAAUAUGUACAUGGUUCCACAGCGACUGUUUUGUAUGUUGCCUCUGGCUCCAGUGUCGAUUGGGUUUUCAAUGAUUUGGAUGUUAAAAUUGGCUAUACCAUUGAGUUCCGUGACAAGGGUCGUUAUGGUUUCAUCUUACCUCCAGUACAAAUUUUACCCAAUUGCCAAGAAUUAAUGGCUGGUAUGAAGGCCUUGGUAUCGAAAUCUAAAGCUUUGGGUUAUGUGUAA